UGGCCCUUGGGGCCUGCAGUGGAAGAAGGAAGUGUGUGUUCCUCAGCCAGCUCUCAGCCUGCACACCUGCCUGGGGAGCUUGCGGGGCACGGGUGCCGGGUUGGCAGAAGCUCCACUUACUCGUGGCCCAUGGGUGCUGCUCGGGAGGCUGAGGACCAGGGCUUGUGCCCAGCACCCAGUGGUAUCUCGGGAGCCUUAGGCCACUCCACUCCCUGCUGGUAGUUCCCAGGACGAUGAGAGAGCCCGAGGCCCACAUCGCUUUCAGGAGGAUGGCUGCCUUUUCCCAGUGCAUCAGGCCUGACCCCAGUGAACUGGACAUGAUUUCCACGAGGGUGAUGGACAUUAAGCUUCGGGAGGCUGCGGAAGGCCUCGGCGAGGACAACACAGGAAAGAAAAAAUCUAAAUUUAAAACGUUUAAGAAGUUAUUUGGGAAGAAGAAGAGGAAGGAGUCACCUUCGUCCACAGGAAAUAGCGCCUGGAAACAAAAUCCAGCCAAGAGCGAGGUCAUUCCCAUCGAGUGCGGCCCUGUGGGCUACGACUCCGAGGAUGAGCUCGAGGAGUCCAGGGGCACGCUGGGCAGCCGGGCCCUGUCACAUGACAGCAUUUUCAUUCCUGAGGCAGGACAGGACCCUGCUCGGCCUGUGCGGGUAUUUUCCCAAGAAAACGUGUGCGACCGGAUUAAAGCACUGCAGCUAAAAAUACAAUGUCAUGUGAAGAUGGGGCCACCACCUCCAGGGGGGCUACCCAUCAAGCGGGCAGAGGACACCGGCAUGAGCUCCGAGGACGAUGGGCUGCCCCGGAGUCCGCCAGAGAUGUCUCUGCUGCACGACGUGGGCUCAGGCACGACCAUAAAGGUCUGCUUAGUGUCCUCAUCCCGGCCUCCGUCUCCAGAACCCACGAGCAAUGCCACCGUCUCCUCCCGGACCUCAGACAGCAGCCCGGCGCCUGUGGCUGACUUCAGCCAGCCCGCUGAGUCCUCCUCCUGCUUGGACAACUCUGCAGCCAAGCACAAGCUCCUGGUUAAGCCUCGCAACCAGCGGUCGAGUAAAAUGAGGCGGCUGUCUUCGCGGGCACAAUCGGAAUCCCUGAGCGACCUGACCUGCACCCCCGAGGAGGAAGAAUAUGGUGUGAGGCCACUGCUCGAGGUCAGCACAGAGGAGAGUCCCAGCUCCGGGCAACAGGAUUUGAUGCUGGACAGAGACCCUGAGCCCAGGGGCCCUGCCACCUUGCUGCCACCUGGAGGACCCCGGGCCAGGCGUGCCCGCCUGCAGCACAGCCCGGCGCUCAGUGCGAGUGUGGAGGAACGGAGCUCCCUCUGCGAUGUCCCCUCAAGCCGCCCGGCCACCCCAGAGGUUACAGAGCCUGUGGCAGUGCUAACCCCCUGUGUGGAGCCCCCAUCUCUACCAGAAGGCUCUCUGCACCCUAUUCCCGAUAUUGAAAUCCAGGAGGAGGAGGAGGAGCUGUCCACGGCAAGCCCUUGUCCCCCAGCUGGGGACAGAGAUGAAGAGCUGGUCUGUGCUCCUGGACACAUGGAAAGUGCAGUGUCUACCGAUGUCCCCGCAGUGAAUGUAGCUCCUCAUGACACAGCACCUCCUGAGAUUGUCACUGCCAUGGCCUUGGCGACAUCCGGUGACCCAGAUGGCGCAGACCAAAGUGUCCAGCAGGAGGUGGAACCUACGUUGGCAGUGCCCAGCCCCAAGGUAGCCGGGACAGAACCUGCUGUGGUUCCUGCCCCGGCUCCAGCCCCAAGCCCUCCUGCGCCCAAAAGCUGCCUGAAGCACAGGGCUAUGACGGUGGCCGAGGACCUCAGCGUAUCCCUGGCACCCAUCACAGAGUCACCUCUGCAGAAGCCCAGUCCCUGUGCUCUAGGCAGCGAAGCCGUGUCCCCGGGGAAACCCAAGUCUGAGCACAAGGAAUCCCCUAAGGGUGGUCCUGAGAGGGGGACUCAGGGACGGAAAAGUGAGAGGGGUGCUGGUGGCGGGGAGGUGCGGGGUGUAAAGAAGUUCUCAGUGUCCUCGUGCAGGGCACGGCCACGCCCAGAAGGCCCUCGUCUUCCAGGUCCCACUGUCCCUGCUAUCCCUACUGUCUCUGCAAUCCGAUUGCCCCUGGUACGCAGUGGCCAGGCCUGGAGGAGUGAGGCGGCCCUCGAUGACCUCCACAUGCUCCCUGAGCCCCCAGCCCAGAAAUUAGACCCUCCGAAACCAGCAGAGCCAGUAUCUCAGGACUUGGGGGACAUUAAGGCCACCACACCAGGCACAGGCGAGCCCUGCCCAGCCACUGAAGAGCCACCGCCUUGUGAGGACAGAAGCCCCUUCCCUGUCAAGCUGCGGUCCACCUCCCUGUCCCUCAAGUACAGAGAGGGCCCCUCCCACGAAGCCAGGGGCAUCAAGAGAUACAGCGCUGAGGUCAGGUUAGAAAGGGGAGUGCCAGCCCUGCUCCCUAAAGAUGAGCAGGGUCACACUGGGUCAGCUCCUGCACUCCGGGGUGCUAGGUCCCCCAACGGCCAGGGAAAGGGGAAGGCACGGUCCCCAGAGCAGCCCAGCUCCAAGCCACCCCUGCCCAGGAAGCCACUGCUGCAGAGCCUCACCCUGGCCUACCUGCCCGAUGCUGACCCGGUAGAGCCUGAGAAGGUGAGCCUACCUGCGGACCCCAGGAAGGACAGCAGAGUGGUGGAGAAGAAGUCCGGGCACAGAGGAGCUGAGAAGGGGCCACCUGAGGCAGCAACGGGUCCCGGAGCUGACGGGCAGCCCACGCCACCCUGGAUCACCAUGGCCCGGCAGAAGAGGCGAGGGGCCCCUGACCAGCCGCCAAGCCAGGAGGACAAACCCGGAGUACGAGCGCUGAAGUCGGAAACAGGAAAGCAAGCCAAGGCACCCGAGAGAGCCCAGGAGCCUGUGAAACAUGUUGACUUUGUCCGCAGCAAAUCUUUCCUGAUGACCCCUGCUAAACCCAUGGUGACCCAGAAGCAGGGGGCCAAGCUGAGCCUCAAGGAGGGGCUGCAGAGGGGAAUCUCCCUGUCACACCAGAACUUGGGUAUGACAUCGGCCUGUGUUACCAAGCCCUGUGGAUUCAUGGCCCUGGAUGGUUCCUGCGGUCUUGCAGCUCAGGCUGCGGCGAUGACGGAGAAGGAGGUGCACCAGCUGAAGAGAGCCAGCUACGCCAGCGCAGAGCAGCCCUCAUGGAUGGAACUGGCCAGGAAGAAAUCCCAAGCUUGGAGCGACAUGCCCCAGAUCAUAAAAUAGGUUGGCAGCAAGCUGACGGAGAAUGUCUACUCCCUUGAUGGGCCACUUAGUUUAAAACUGCCAAUAAAUCAUAGCAAACAGACUGUGCAACUUAAGAUUGAUUACAUCACCAAGUUAUGACAACCUUGGGGAAGAGGAAGGAACCAAGUAAAGCGAACAGAACAAAUACAGCCAUAACCCUGGACCAGACAGGCCCCAACAAAAGCCACAUUGAAAAAAAUCCAAGAAGGAGUCCCUGUGCCCAGGGGCAUGAAUGUGAACCUUUCAGAAUAUCCUGGGAAAAAGAAGCCCCAGAUGAGGCAGAAAACAGAAAGGAAAUGUGGAUUUAUAAAUCCUCAUCCUGAAAGGCCCACACCGGAGCCAUCCCGGGAACGCCCCACUUGUGCUUCUGCUGAAGAUCAGCCCGUGUCUGACCGCUGUUUUGUCUGUCUUCUCCUUUUGUGUUUACUACUAGGCAUGACAUUUGUAAUAGGGGUGCAUUUCCAAGUGCACCUACAGGACCAUCUGAUUUCCUGAAGAUAGCUGCACUUAAGGAGGAGAGAAAGGACCGUGUAGGGCUCGUCGGCCCAUAGACUGUUUUCAAAAUAAUUUUUAAACUUUUCCACUCUGCCUCUGUGUCCUCCGCCACUGCACAAAGCAUUGCCUGUUUAAUAAAAGCUUUCGGACAUGC